AUGGCCCAGAAAGUGGCACUUGAACUUGAAUCCCUUAUUGUGGAACGGAGGUCGAUUGUAUUCUGGAGUUUAGAGGGUAGAAGCAUUCCUACGACGUAUAUAGACAUAGUUAAGGAUACGUAUGUUGGAACUGAAACUAGUGUUCGUGCGCAAGUAGGGGAUACUGAUUUCUUCCCUGUGGAGGUAGGACUCCACCAAGGGUCUGCAUUGAGUCCGUUUCUUUUUGCGGUUGUGCUGGACGGACGAGCUGUCAAAAUCAAUUCCGAAGAUUGUUCCAUGAUUAAACAGAGCCUAAAUGUGAAGCUAGAGGAGUGGCGAGCAGCUUUGGUGGGAAAAGGUUUAAAGAUAAGUCGUUCUAAAACCGAGUACCUUUAUUUUAAUUUCAGUGGUGCAGGCGAUGGAGAGGACAUCGGAUCAACAUAG